GCUCUCUUCCUCUCUCUCUGUGCGUCUUCUUGCUACUUCAUUCAGCACCAUGCAGCGUGCCAGGACGGCUCUGCAGCUUCUCAUCACCUCCACGACAUGUCAUUUUCCUCCUCAUCCUCGCCAUUUUCACCAUCCUCACCGUCAUCUCCAGGAGAUGCGCUCCGUGGGGAUCGUUGGAGCGCCUUUCUCCAAAGGACAGGUGAGCCCCGGGAUGGUGUGGAGCUCGGACCGGAUGCGAUCCGCGCCGAGGGACUCGUACGUAAGCUGCAGGCGCAAGGCUGCGUGGUGAAGGAUUACGGCAACUUGACAUUUGAGGACGUGCUGCCCGACGAGCCAGUGGGGCGGGUGAAACAUCCCCGGGCGGUGGGCAAUGCCAACCUGAGGCUGUCAGAGGCGGUGCGGGCGGUGAAGCGUAAUGGACACACGGCGGUCGUGCUGGGCGGAGACCACAGCCUGGCCAUUGGCUCUGUCCACGGGCACGCGUCAGCUGUGGGGGACGUGAGCCUGGUUUGGGUGGACGCCCACGCCGACAUCAACACGCCGCUGAGCACGCCCACGGGAAACAUGCACGGCCAGCCCGUGUCCUACCUGCUCCAUGAGUUGCGCCCAAAGAUUCCAAUCCUGCCCAACUUCUCCUGGAUGAGCUCGUGCGUGUCGGCCAAACAUUUCGUCUACAUCGGCCUGAGAGACCUGGACCCCGAGGAGCAUUACUUGCUGAAGCUGGCGAGCGUGAAGGCCUUCUCCAUGACACAGGUGGACGCUCUGGGUGUCGGCCGAGUGAUGGAGGAGACGUGCGACUUCCUGUGUAAAGACGGGGCCAGGAGGCCGAUCCACCUAAGCUAUGACGUGGACGCCUUGGAUCCGGCCGUCACCCCGGCGACAGGGACGCCUGUGCCGGGCGGCCUCACCUACAGGGAGGGCGUGUACAUCGCAGAACACAUCGCCAACACCGGGCUGCUGUCGGCAGUGGACGUGGUGGAGGUGAACCCUGCGGUGGGCGUGUCGGAGCAGGAGGUGCGGCGCACGGCCAGGGCCGCGCUGGACGUUCUGCUGGGCUGCUUCGGACGCCUGAGGGAGGGGAACCACCCGGAUGAGUUCCGCCUGCCUGACGCGUGACUACUCCAAAAGCGAGGCCCCGCACCCCUUUCUGCAUUUCCUCAUAAUCCUUCAAGUCUCGCUUAAGGUCCUACUUUUUUUCCUCUUGACUUAGACCAUUCAGAACCUGGUCCAAGCGUUGUGAUUUCCAAGCACGUCAAAGGUGCUUGUCCAAGAGUGACAAAUCCUUCACUUGAUUAAAAAAAACAAAUGAAGCCAAAGAAGCUCACACACUUAACUCUUUUAUGUUGUCAUUACAUAUUUUUAUUUAUCAAGUUAUUGAAUCAAAAGAAUGUGCUCAUUGUUAACUUAGUUAAAAUUUAAUUCUGAUUCACAACUUUGAAUAAUUAUUUUUCAAGAAAUAACUGGUAAAAAAUGUACAAUAGAUUAGACAACUUAUUUACGCAAUCUCUCCCCAACAUGCCAAAGGCACUCUUGAGUGGAACGAAACCUGUUUAAUUCUUCAAGCAGCCAACAGGAAACCCAUUUCAAUAUUCCAAUAACUAAUUAUUCAGCUUCAGUGCUUGUUCUUUUUCGCCAAAGACGAUGGUCGUCGUGGUAACCGGACACCAUAGCAUGGAGUCAAGUGCCAAAGUGCAGUUGGGCCCCAUGUUGUGUUCAAGAAUUCUGCAGGCCGCAGCGCCUCCUGAACUCCUGACCUCGCUCGUGCAGCCACUUGUUGGCCACUGGGGAAGGCAAAACACAGUGACAUGACUGAUUCCAAAUGGCCGGCUCAUCUUGCCGGGACUCACCCCACUUGCUCCCCACCAGGACAGGACAGGCAGCGUGGGAGGUCUGGUAGUUUCCCUUCCCGUUGAGCCGAAGGUUGUACCAAAACACAGCAGAGCCCUGCGGUCAUAAUCAUGCCAUUAAAGUCUUGGCAAUACAUAUUGGCUUGCAGAUGUGCACCGUUCGCUCCAUAAAAUGUGAUUUUCCAAUUGGAAUAUUUCCACGAGCCGAUCCAAAUGAGUCUUGUCUAGGCUGCGUGACGUGUUUGCAAAAAGAAAAACAAACCUUAAUGGGCCAAGCGACAGCGCCUAAUUCGGUGAAGACAGUAGCCCCCCCUGCCGGCACCUCGCUUAUCUGCAGCACAAAGGGGAAGACAUCAAGAACCUUGGUAAAAUCUAUCCAAUGUGUGCUUUUUUUAAAAAUUAUAUUUUAACUGACAUAAACUAGCCAGGUGGCGAUUCGGUUUCCAGUGCCCAAAUUACUAUAAGGUUCUUCAAUCUCGUCCUGUGGUGAGAAAAAAAAGCCAAAGAAGCAGAAAUUGAAUGUUAAAUGGAAAAAAAAAAAAAAUUGUCACCCUUUUAAUGGACAAAUGCAAACUUUCGUGAUGCGUCUUGUGAAGAUCCCAAUUCCGUAUGAGCCAUAGAAUUUUUCUCUUGCUUCUAAAGAUGUCUUGUUUUUGCCACGAGAGGGCGCAAUAUACCUGAAGGAUCUGUGAGCUCAAGUGCCAGGAUGCCAUUUUUUUUACCUUAUUGUGACAGGCGUGUCAUGGCUUUAAAGAGUGCCUGGGCUCAAUUAUUGACUUGUAGCAGGAGAAAUUGAAAGUCAACGUGUGUCGUCUUUCUCGUUCCUAAUUAAAA